GCAAUGGCCACCCGGACUCUGCUCUUCUUCGUUAAUAUCAAGGCAAUUUUUUGUCUUGCGCUGAUAGCAAUCCUGACUAAUUUGGUGUUUACGCACAAUCUCUACAUGUCUUCAUUAGAUGUUACUCGGAAUGCGUUGAUGUCAUUUUCUUCUGGUGUUAGCUCACCAAAACCAAAACCUCCGCCGAUUAUGCGGCCAGCUGUACUUGGAUGGUCGUCUAAAAGUUGGGCAGAGGACCAGCAACUCUCUCCCAUAAAAAACCAACUUGCUACAGAAACCACUUCAGUAACAAAUGCUAUCCGGGAUCGGACUAGUGCGAUCUGCGACAUCCCUGAUGAAAGUUUCCUCCACUGGGUUGAAGCAACAAUGACUGCUCCGGGUGAAAGCCGCAAGGAAGCCAGGAGCACGACAAGGCGGCGUAAACGAUGCCUCCUUACACCCAAAGACCACUUAAACAUAGGAUGCUGGAACGUCAGAACAAUAUGUACCAUCGGAAGGAGAGCAACAGUCAUGAAAGAAAUGAGGAGGUACAAACUGAGCAUUCUCGGACUCAGCGAGGUAAGGUGGACAGGUUUCGGAGAAGUGAAGACAACCACGGGAGAGACAAUCAUCUACUCUGGACGUGACGAAGGACACCAGAGUGGUGUCGCCCUGGCAAUGAACGAGGAGACAAGGAAGUGCAUGAUUAAAUGGAACCCCAUCACAAACAGGAUCAUCAGCGCACAAUUGUUCUCCAAGUAUGUGAAGACGAGAGUAAUUCAGAUCUACAGCCCCACGAAUGACGCUAGCGAUGAGGACAAGGAUACAUUCUACGAGUUGCUCCAAAAGGAUAUCGAUGCCACGCCACUCCACGACCUACUGAUCGUGCUAGGAGAUGCAAAUGCCAAGGUAGAAUCUGACAACACUGGCUGGGAAGGCACCAUGGGUAACGAAGGACUGGGCACUAUGAAUGAUAAUGGCCAAGAUUUGCAUCUCUUUGCGCUGAGAACAGUCUUGUCAUUGGAAAGACUUCUUUCAAGCACCAAGACAUCCACAAGUAUACGUGGACAUCACCAAAUGGCCAUGACAGAAAUCAGGUCGAUCAUGUGGCGAUCCGAAGAAAAUUCAGGAGAUCGCUACUGGAUGCAGCGGAUGUACCAAACGAAAGACCAGGAAGUGAAAAAGAGAGCACGGGCAGACAAGAGGAGGGCCUUGGAAAGAGUCGAGGAAGAGGCGGAAAGGGCAGCGCACCAAAACAAUCUGAAAGAACUGUACAUCAAAACGAAGCUACAAAGUGGGUGCCUCAAGAAGCCAAGCACUGGCAUACGGACGAAAGAGGGUAAAGUCAUCACCACAGAGGAAGAAGUGCUUGAAAGGUGGAAGGAGCACUUCAAUGAGAUCUUGAAUGUGGCCUGUGAAGAACCUGAUCUUCCUGAAGGGUGUCAGCUCGGUGACUGCGAAGAUCCCAUAGAGAUGGACACUGGCCCCUUUACAAUCCUAGAACUGAGACAAGUCAUAUCUCGGCUGAAGAACGGUAGAGCACCCGAUGUGGAUAACAUUAGCGCAGAAAUGCUAAAAGCCAGCCCUCCAAUUGCCCCGGAUCAGCUUCUGAAUAUCUGCAAUCAGACUCUUGACCAGUGUAAAGUACAAUCUGACUGGAAGAGAGCUCUCUUAGCCAAAAUACCCAAGAAAGGUGAUCCGUCUAUUUGUGACAACUACCGAGGGAUAUCCUUACUUUCAGUGCCAUACAACGUCUUCUGCAGAAUGCUCCUAAUGAGGAUGCAGCAUGGAAUUGAGAAGAAAUUACGGCAAGAACGGGCUGCCUACCGAAGAGGAAGAGGGGUAACUGAACAGAGUUUUAUCCUCAGGAAUCUCUUAGAACUGAGUGCUGAAUGGCAAACACUCUCGUACAUUGGUUUCAUCGAUUUCAAGAAAGCCUUUGAUACCUCAGUCUCCGCUGCCUGGUUUAAGCCCCUCCCAACCCCAUCUCCGCCACCAAAGCAGGCAUCGCCAUCCAACAAGUUCAUGGACGCCGUUGCUCAAAUUGAAAGGGCAGUAUAUGAAGCACAGGCCGCUGGAUCGCGAUAUCACCACAGUGCGCAUCGACUGGCAAAGAUCAAAGCAAACAUUAAAUUAGCGACUCAGAAACGAAACUAUCUCUCCGCUCGCGAGGCCCUCGGACGUGGAUUAUACACGGUAAUACAACUGAACAAGAAUAGUGGUCGUAAAAGGCGUGGUGCCACAGCUGCAGCGUGGCGUUUUCUGGAUUCGAUCAGGGCAGACCUCGGUGAUGCUGCUUUUGAUACUUUUAUGAGUGUCAAUGGCGAGGUCACUCUAAUGUUUGCUAUUGAUACAACUGGAAGUAUGAGGGGCGAAAUUGAAGCAGCAAAGGACAUCGCAGCAGCAAUUGUCAACUAUCAAAGAAAUGAGAUAGUGGACUACAUUCUAUCACCUUUCAAUGAUCCAGGAACCGGCCCAGUUACUUACAAAGGCGACGGAGAAGGGAUACAGUUCGAGAACGCUAUUAAUGAUCUACGCGCAUCCGGCGGUGGAGACUGCCCCGAGCUGACUUUUAAGGGAAUCCUAGAUGGUAUGGCUGAAAGCCCAAGGUUUGGUUCGCCUCUAUAUGUUUUCACUGACGCAACAGCAAAAGAUGCAACAAGGAAUAACAUUGACGAAGCACUGGCGAUUGCGUACGAUAGCGGUAUCACAAUAAACUUCUUUACGACCGGGCUGUGUGGCCACCCUUCCUAUGGGCCUUUUGAGGAACUUGCUAGUGAGACAUGUGGUCAGAUGCUCCAACUUCCCAGUAGUUCCGAGCUGAGUAGACUAUCUGACAUUACAGACGUAACACUUGCAGGAACUACUUGCCUCGUGAGAGGAAGUAGUGGGAGCUCAAGCAGGAAGAAGAAGCGAAGUCCACGGGGAUCGUCCUAUUCAUACAGUAUUCUUGUUGAUGACUCCACAGAAAAGAUUAUCAUCUCGGUUUCAACCGAGCGAAUGGGCCCGAGCAUCAAUCUCAGAGAUCCAAGAGGGGCUUCUGUUACUUCAGGAAAGAUAUCUUUGUCCAAAGGGGCCAUCUACGAGAUCAAUCACCCAAGGCCGGGAACUUGGAAGUUGAUCGUUUCCGGAGCUGGAAAACAUAACUACUUGAUCAAAGGCUCCAGCAAAACAAACGUCGACUUCGAAUACUUCUUUGUGAUGAUUCCAACCCGCGGAAGAAGUAGAAAACCAAUACCAAUUUCACAUCCUCUCCUGGGCAAGAAAGCUGUGGUCAUCUUAACAGUUGCUGGAGCAAAUAAGAUUAACAAAAAGUCGCUGAGCCUUGAUUUGAUGAGUACGGAUGAGAAGCGCCUAGGAAGAGCAGCUGUGACUCCUCACGGAUCAAGUGGUGCUCAUUUCUCGGCCACCUUUACUCCUCCAUCAGCACCGUUUAAGUUGAAGUUGAAAGGGAUGACAAAGAAGGGGUACAGCUUCGAACGCAUCUCGCACAACACAGUCCAUCCGAGCCAUGUCCUGAUCAGAGUCCUUUACGCCAGAAACGAGUACACAAUACCCGCAGGGGGAAGCGGCUUCGUGAUGUUUGUGGUUUACAACACCGGUGCAACCGAGAUUUUUGACAUCAAAGUCAAAGAUCGCCAGAAAUAUGUAGCUCAUCUUCGUCGUACUUCCAUCACCGUUCGCCAAGGCCGGAAGAGCUUCUUCUCUGUCACCUUCAAGGCACCGUCCUCGGCUCCACGUGGAGGAGGUGACGAAGUGCUGGCGACCAUCACUGGUCGAACUUCGAAGAAGACCGUCGGGCAUGUUGUGAGACUGAUGGUUGUUUAACUUCUGCCGCUGGAUACCUACCGGAUCAAGGAAUCUCGAACACUAAACUGAUUUAGUUCUGAACAAUGUGAUUUCACUAUAAUUUGCAUUGCUUUGGUGAUGGGAUAAAACUCGUGUGUUAGACAAAGGGGUACAUUUCGUAUGACACUAAGAGCAGAUUUCAACUUCUUCUACCUUCUUGUGACAACAACGCAUACAUAAAGAAGGUUUAGUGACCAGUGUUAAGUCACCUACAGUUCUGCCCGGAAAAAACAAAACAAAACAAAA